UGGGGAGGCAAACAACGUGCAGUGUGCAUCUAGCCAGUGGAGGUGGAGGAUGUGUGCUGUGAUCUCUCGUGUUCCUCUCUAGUGCUAGCGGGACAGAAUGUCUUCAAAUGGUGAACCUCCCACAUCACAGGCAUUUACGCCUUUUUGGAUUGCUGGACCAGGCUCCCCAUCUGCUCCAGUGGUUGGCAAUCCUGUUGCCAACCCUGUUCCCAGUAGUGACCUAGGGACACUCGGGCCUGCAGGAGUGGCUAGCACAGUACAACCUACUAUGUCACAAGACAUCACCACCAUGGCCAAUGCUGUCCCUCAUGAUGACUUUACAAAUGGAUUACCAGAGACACAACCACCUCAACCACAACCUCAACAACCAGGGCCUGCAGAGCCUCAGCCCCUAGUUGAAGCACCUCAGCCUGAGCCCACCCUGGAACCUUCUCAGGUGCAGGCUGCCCCCACUGAAGUGGCAGUAGAUGGCAAUCCUCCGGCAUGCUCCAGUGGUGCACCAACUAAGUUUUUCCACACAACUGUUGAAGAGGAGGAGGAAAACAUCAUGGGAAAGAAGAAAAAGAAUAAAGUUCAGCGUAGAAGACUUUCCCCUUCCCACAGAGAAAUGAUUAUUGAUCUUGUAUUUAAUGAAAAGAAAACAUCUCGAGAGGUUGCUCGUUAUAUGGGAUUGCCACAGUCAACGGUCAUGUCUGUAGUACAAGUUUUUAAGAAGGAACACCGAAUACACAAGAAGACGGCCACAGGUCGCAAGCGACGCCUCACAACUGCCCAGGAAUUCCAUUUGUUUGAAAUGUCACAAGAAAGAGACAACAUAUCAGUUGAUGAAAUUCGUACACGCUUUUUGCAGUCUUUCCCGGAAUUUGGCCACAUAUCAAAAACUACUAUCUACCGAACACUAGAAAGAGGAAAGAAAGGGUUAAUAGGUAUGGAUCCUCCUCCUGAGCGCUAUUUAGAACCUAUUGAGCGGUACUGGGGACCAAAGAAGAGAGGCAGGCCUAGAAAGGCAGGGAUUGGGCCAGAGUCAUCAACCAAUCACAGUUUACUGGAGCCAAAUGUUAGUAUAAUGGAGGAAACAGGACCCAUUGAAACUACAUCAGACAAGGAUAUUAGCAGGCAAAGACGUUCACUCUCUAUUGCGGAAAGAGAGAUGAUUAUCAGUCUUUUCUUCAAUGAAAAUAGAACAAUUAGAGAGGUAGCAGACUUCAUGCACUUAGCCAAGUCAACUGUGUCAUCCGUUGUUCAAGUAUUCAAAAAGGAGCACAGAAUUCAAAGAAAAACAUCAACAGGUCGUAAAAAAAAAUUAUCAGAUGAACACGAACAAAUGAUUAUGGACAUUCUGUCCCAGAAGGAAGAUAUUACCAUAGAAGAAACAAGAAAUAGAUUCCUCUCCCUUAAUCCUGAAGUUCCUAAUAUCAGCAAGAGUACAAUUUAUAGAAUAAUGGAAAACUGUCAGUCUAAGUUGAGAGCAAGAUCCGACAUGGAAGUGUUUGUUGGUACCUUCGUCCAUUCCACAGAGGACAGUCCUAUGGUCAUUCUUACUGAUAUGGUUAUGGGAGUUCUCAACACAAAGAUUGAGUUUAUGGAGAGUUUGGAGGAGCUGGAUCAUCUAAAGGCAGAGUAUGGCUUCACAGACUCUAAUAUUCACUAUAUGACUCCAAGUCAAUUUAUGAUGCCAGGAAUGAUAGACACGCACAUCCAUGCAUCGCAGUUCCCCAACAAUGGUGUAGCUAUGGAUUUGCCGCUGCUUGAAUGGUUGCAGACGUACACUUUCCCAACUGAAGCCAACUUCUCUGACACCCUCUUUGCCAGAGAGGUUUAUAGCAAAGUAGUGGAACGAUUGUUACGUAAUGGAACAACAACUGCUGCAUACUUCGGAACUAUUCACCUUGAGGGUUCCAAAAUUUUAGCCGAUGUAGUACACGAUAAGGGACAGCGUGCUCUCAUUGGUAAGGUGAAUAUGAUGCGCAACUGUCCUGAAUAUUACCGUGAGCUGAGUGUGCAGGAGUCUAUCAGAGAUACAGAAGAGUUUAUCCGUUACAUUAGGAGUAUUCAGUCUCCACUAGUACAACCAAUUGUCACUCCUCGGUUUGCUCCCACCUGUCCAGAGGAUCAGCUGGCAUCAUUAGGGCAACUUGCAAACAAAUAUGGCUGUCAUAUUCAGAGUCACUUGUGUGAAACCCAGCCCGAGUGUAAUUGGGUUAAAGAACUUUUUCCAUGGGCCAAGUCUUACACCGAUGUAUAUGACAGCAUGAGACUACUCAGUGAGAAGUCUGUAAUGGCUCACUGUAUAUGGUUAGCAGAUGAAGAGAUCUACACACUUCGUGAACGAGGGGUUGGCAUCGCCCAUUGUCCAAAUUCUAAUAUAUCUAUACGAUCUGGCCUUUGUGACAUACGUCGUCUCCUGAAUCAUGGCCUUAAGGUUGGCCUUGGUACUGACUGUUCUGGUGGAUAUAGUUCCUCUGUGUUAGAUGCUCUUCGUCAAGCACUCCAGGUUUCCAAUGUACUAGCAUUGGAUCGUGAUCAAGAUUACCAGCGGCUUACCUUCAAAGAAGCAUUUCGUAUGGCAACUCUGGGAGGAGCCAAAGUAUUAAACAUGGAGGACCGCAUUGGAAAUUUUGAAAUUGACAAGGAGUUUGAUGCUUUGCUCAUUGACGUAUCUGCACCUGGAUCAGCCGUUGAUAUCUUCAGUAAGGAUACAAUAGAAGAUAAAAUUCAGAAGUUUAUAUAUACCGGUGACGAUCGUAACAUAGCCCGUGUGUAUGUGGCGGGACACAGAAUCUUGGACCUACACAACAAGAACCUUCACUAAUUUCUUCAAAAUUGUUAAAACUAAGUAUAUUAAUCUUAAUAUGCAAGUGGUAAUAUUAAUUGGUUAUACCUAAUAAGGAUGUAUUGAGGCAAGCUGGUCAUACUGCCUAGUCAAUGGAAUCAUGACUUUAAGCUUGUUCAGAACUCUGAAGGUUUCCAAUAUACUAUCCAGCAAGCAUGCUCUUAGGUGCCAUGUCUUAUUUUAGAAAAGUUAUUAUUUUACUAAAAUGAAUUGAUAGUGAUAAAUAUUGUAUAUAGUUGAAAGUGAUCUAUAAAUACAUUUGAUAAAUACAUUACUGUAUAGACCUCGUAAAUAUAAGUCUCCUACAUUAGGAUUGAUGUUUACUAGCUUGUGGCAGGAGGAGCUGUUGCAUCUAGGUAAUACAGUAUUUGUAAAAGAUUUGAAAUAUUGCAGAUAUAUUGCAUUUUAUUUUAAUAAAUUAGAUAUACUGAUUCAUGACAUACAUUAUGUAUAAGUGAUUUUGUGCAUACAUACACAAAUAUAUGUAUAUAUGUGUAUGCACACAUGCGCACACACAUACACAAAGUAGUGGUAGACGGUUGGAACAAAUUAAGUGCGAAGGUGGUGGAGGCCAAAACCGUCGAUAGUUUUAAAACGUUAAACAACAAAGUACUGGGAAGACGGGACACCAGGAGCGUGGCUCUCAUCCUGUAGCUACACUUAAGUAAUUACUUAGGUAAUUACAAGUAGUUUCCUGGUAGAUAAAAUGAUCUAACAGAAGGAAUACAGAAUUAUAUGAACAUGUCUGCUGAUGAUGCUAAGCUACUAGGAAAGAUAAAAGAUCUAAAUGAUUUUCAUGCCCUUCAAAUUGAUGUAGAUAAAAUAAGUGCUUGGAGCAUCAUGUGGCAAAUGGAAUUCAUUGUGAAUAAUUGCCAUGUUAUGAAUCGGGUAAAAUAGACCACACACAACCUACAAAUUACGUGGAAAGGACUUAAAGAACUCUAACAAAGAAAAAGAUCUAAAGGUGGUUUUGGAUAGUAGACUGUCACCUGAGGAACAUAUACAAGACAUUAUGAGAGGAGCAUAUGCAUCGCUUUCUAACUUCAGAAUCACUUUUAAUUACACGGAUGAUGCUAAAGACACUGUUCAUGACUUUUCUGACACCAAAAUUGUAAUAUACAGCAGUUAAAUGGUGCCCAUAUCUCAAGUAGCACAUCAAUAAACUGGAAAAGCUGCAAAGGCAUGCUACAAAAUGGCUUCCAAACUGAAAAAGAAGAGUUUUGAAGAUAUGCUAGAGGCAUUAAAUAUGCUAAAGUUAGGAGAUAAAAGAGAAAGGUGAUAUGAUCACCACUAAAUAAUAACAGGCAUUGACCAAAUUGACAGAGGAACUCCUGAAACUAGCAACUUCAAGAACAAGAGGUCACAGAUUCAAGCUAAAGAAACAAAGGUGCCAAAAAAAAUUAGAAAAUUUUCUUUUGCAACCAGUGGUAGAUGGUUGGAAUAAGUUAAGUGAGAAGGUGGUGGA